CGGGUAAGGGUGAGGUGUGCGUCUGCAGCUGCUGUGUUUCGUCUCUAUAAAAUGCCAGGAAUGGAGGUGAAAUACAUCAGUAAGAUCGUCGUCGACUUUGUAUUACUAUCGAUAGUGACAGGCUGCAUUUUUGUGGUGAAGAAAGUGUGGCCCCCCUUUCAAAGGGGAAUGUUUUGUGGUGACAAAUCAAUCAGCUACCCUUAUGUUGAUGAUUCAGAUGAAAAAGUGUCUGAUGGAGCCCUAUUGCUUAUUGGGGUUGUCAUGCCCAUGGGCCUGAUCUGCGUCUUAGAAUGGUUCCGUGUGCGUCGCGAAACAGUUGGCAAGAAGGUGGUCAUGUGUGGCCGUGACCUCAACUCCUGGUUCUGGGCAGCCUACUCUGCAAUUGGGCCAUUCCUCUUUGGCUGUGCAACUUCACAGCUCACCACUGACAUUGCCAAGUAUAGUGUUGGUCGCCUAAGGCCACAUUUUAUUGCAAUCUGCAAGCCAGAUUGGUCUAAGAUUAAUUGCUCUGAGCCGUUUCUGUAUGUAGACCCCAUUCCUUGCACAAGUGAUGAUGAUCACAGAAUGAAGGAAGCUCGGUUGUCCUUCCCCUCUGGGCAUGCGUCUUUCUCAGCAUAUACCAUGAUAUAUUUUGUGAUUUAUCUCCAAGUUCGUUUCAAGUUCAAAACCCCCAAGUUGGUGCGGCCUUUCCUACAGUUCGUAUGCCUAAUGAUGACCUUCUACACAACUGUUUCACGUAUAUCUGACUAUAAGCACCACUGGUCGGAUGUUCUCUUUGGCUUUUCAGAAGGAGCUCUUGUUGCAGUUCUUGUUGCUCGCUUCGUAUCAGACUUGUUUCCUGAGGAACGGCACUCCACAGUCUCAAAGCGCCAGGUUGUUGCUUUACAGGAUUACCAUGAUGGAGAAAAUGAAAAUAAUACAAUUCGCACUAAUUUAGGUGAAUGAAAUCAUCUUUGCACAAAAUGAAUUCAAAACCAUCGUACCACAAAAUACAGAAUGAAUACAUGUUCAUUCACCUAGAUAGUAGGUAAGACCAGUGUAAAAAGAAAGUUUUCCUAUUUUUGAAUAAUUUUACUUAUUAGGAAUUUUAAACCAGGUUUGAGGAGAUGCAUCUAAAGUCUGUUGAAAUAAUGUGAACACAUGCUGGUGCAUUUAAGCUACUGUUUAACAGUGCUUACUGCAUGGAAGUCAUUGAAGAGGAACAGGCACUGGCAAAUUGUGAUGCUUUUUAAACAUUUUGAAAAUACAUGAAGGUUUGGGUAAUUUCACAUAUACUUAUUUAAUCAAGGAAGUACAACAGUUGGAGUACCUGAUAGCAAUUACUGUUUGCUGUUAAAUCUCCUAUACAUGUAUGUCAUUGUAUUACAACUGUAUUAAAAUACAUUAAGGAUGAAUCUUCCUGUAAUGCACUCCAUCCAAUGAGGGUUUAUUUAUAUCAAAUUUAAGACCCUUUCUUUCUAGAAUGACAUCAAAAUAAAUACUGGGUAAAUGCAUAUGAGCCUUUGAACAUCAAAAUUUUAAAUUAUUAAGUAAUGACAUUGUCUGAUUUUGAAUUUACAUGAACCUGUACGUUUGUACAAGCAUUUGUGCAUUUGUGUAUGUGUCUAGUGUACUAGAUGCACUUUAUUCUAAACUUCAAUAUUUAUGUACAUAUUUAUGUACUCUUGUAGUAACAGUCCUUGACUGUUUUUAAAAGUGCAUACAUACAUUUGUGAAGUUGCACAUCUUUACCAACUUCCAAUGGAUAGAUAUGUGGGAGAAUGCAUACAUGAUGGAUUAUAUGUUUGUUCUUAUGGCAAUUGCUGACUUGUUGUUACUGCUGGAUAUUAUACCAAAUGUAAAGAAUGUUUGUAGUAUGGUUUAUCAUUCAUAAUUUUACGGAGUCCAAAGUAUGUGUAUAUUUGUGCACUAUCUUGUGAAAUACCAAAAGGGAACCAGCUGUAACCUCCAUGUUUUUUAAAAUUUGCUUUUAAAGAAAGGUUUGCAAAAAGAGCUUUUGCACUUUUGUGUAAAUUUUGCAUUCUUAACUUGGAAGAGUUAAGCAGUGUGCUUGCAUUUGCAGCAGGUGGAACAAAGAUCGAGUCCAUAAUAUCAAAAAUAUAACCCCUCUAUCUGUGAGAUAUUUUCCAUGCACACAGUUUUACAGAUACAUAAUCAUUUGCAUUAAGCCUCACUUCAAAUGAUUAUGCUUGUGUAAAUUUGCGGGUGUAUUUUUCCAUAUGUCUUCUUGGAUAUUAUCUGUGUCUUCUAAAGCAUUGCAGGGUAACAUUUCUAUUUCUCAUAUUGUGAAUUGGUAUUAUAUAUGUGUGUGCAAAGGAAAUGCAUUAUGCAGUGUGUAGAUAUGAAGUUGUUAGCAUUUUAUCAAUAGCAGCAGCAUUUAUGUUUGAAUUAGUAAUGAAUGCUGAAAAAUGUGUACCUAUCUUUCAGAUGAUUGGUCUUAUUUUUUUCACUCUCUCUUUCCUUCCAUAUUCAGCCAUCAGUAUACAUUUAAACUAGUAUCUUGAAAAAAUAUUAACCCUGAAAGCUGCAUACUCAGCAGUAGCUUUAUAUAGAUAGAUAAAUAUUCAGAGAUGUGGGAAUAUCCCUUAAGUUAUAAUGUCAGUGCCCAUUAAUGCUUGUGGGACUUUUUGCCAAACCCUAUGUGAAUUUUUUUGUAUUAUGAAUGGCUACCUUAAAAUUUGUGAACAAAUCAGCCACCAUCAGUUUGUUGGAAGUUUUGUUUUGAAGUUAACAUUGUGUUUGUAUAUACAUUUAGCUUUUUCAUCCUGCUAGCAUUGAUGGCUACAUUGUUGUAUAUACUGUAAAAUUAUAUGUUGACUAAAUUUAACAUAGGAGUGAUAACCAAGUGAGUUAAACUAUCUAAAGAAACAAUUGUAUUUAUGGUGUAAAUACAGCCUUUUUAUUUUUUUAUUUGCAUUCCUGAGUGUUAGAAUGGUUUACUGAAUAAGUUUUAUAUUUUCUGAUAUCACUAUGGAGUUCCCUUUAAUUUGUUGGAGAUGGGAUUACUGCCUGCUAAACUGAGCCACGCACCAGGGAUCACAUGUGGUCAGCUGCUUAAAGAAAAAAUGAGAUGCUUAGGGAUUGGUUGUAAUAACAUCUCUUUCUGUUUAUGUUUGGCUGUGGUAUACACAUUUUUUAAUCCUACAUUUGGAGGACCUUAGGCUCUGAAUUGACAUGCCCAGACCCAGGCAAGUGAGUAACUGUUUAGGGUGUAUGAUUUGGAGUUGGCUGGCUGAGCAUGGUGCGUAGCUUUGCAAAUCGGCAUUCGGCUUAGGCUCGUAAUGACAAGAAUAAAUGUCCACAGUAAUUAAGUAAUGGGUUAAUCUAGAUUCUUGCUUCGUCCAUUUUUCUUUUUUCUCCUUUAUUCUUUAUUCUUUACUUAUUCAAUUGAAUGAUUAAUUGAAAAAUAAUACUGGUGAUUAUCUGUAGAUAUUUUGUGUGUGCACAUUUUUGUUUGUUUGUGUUACUGCAUGUGAUUGUGUGCAUGGACCUAUGUAUGUGUGUAUCGUUGUCUGCAUGUUGAUGUAGGUGAAUGUGUUUGACUUUAAUUGUGGAUAAUAAUGAUUUUUAUUGUUUUCCUAUUUUUUUUUUUUAUAUAUGUAUAUUUUUUUUUAUAUAGUUUGCAAUGUAAUGUUUGAAGGUGAUAUUAAUGAUGGUGCUUUUUUAUCAUACUUAUGUGCACAUUGUAUCUUUCAUAAUCAGGAAUGUCCUAGGUUAGUGAAAAUGUCGGUAGCUUACUUACCUCAACAAAGUUAUAUGCUUCUACUAGCAGUAAGAAUGGUUCAGAAUUUUUAUGAAAUGUGGAAUAAUUUGAUUAAUGUGAAUACAAAAGCAUCAGUUUCAUCAGAGUUGGAUUUUGAUGAUAGUAUGCUAAUUCUUUUAUGUUAAUUAAAAAUGCUUCACAAAGAUUAUACUGUUUUGUUGUUUAUUUGUAUUACUGUUGUUAUUUUUUUAUUUUGCUGUUAUUUCUUUCAUUAAGAGGGAAAAGUUAAAUGAUCAAAACUUAGCUUGUUGCUUCCCAUUAAACUGCUGUUACUUCCCAUGAAUUAGGUUUAAGGUAAAGAUUGAUAUGUCCUGGUAAAAUGCAACAAAAAUAACAAGAACAAUCAAACAUUUUUUUAUUAACAGUGACACUUUGGGAUAGUUAAUAUCUGAGGUAUUAGUCCAUUAGAAGAGUAUUAUGAUUUGCAAGGGUUGUAAUUUUUUAUUUUGGGUGUUUUUGUUAUCUGUUUUUAUUUUUAGUUACUAAUAUCUGGUUAUUGAUUUGGCUUCAUUGUAACAGAUUUACCCCUGGCUAAAUGCGUUGUGAUCUCUUAACAAAUAGCCAGUAAAAUUGAUUCCGGUUCAUUGCUUUUGCACUUCUGGUGGAAAAUGUAAUGUUAACUUUAUUUGGAAUCUGAAGGAAGGAUCAUUUGUAAAACUAUUCUCUGAUAUAGAUUUUAGUAAACAUGCCAAAAUGGGUAAAUGUUUGAAUAAAUACUGAAGUUUCAUGUAUGUCAGUAGGUUAUCAUAAUGAUGGUAAUUAUGAUUAUUGUUAUUAUUGCUGUAUUUACUGAUUCCAUAAACAUCAUCAUUAAUAUUCUUUCAUGACAUUAAUCAUUAGAUAGUAAUGACAUGAUGAAAAGUAAGGAUGAUUCAAACAAUAAUUAUUUGUAUUGUUAAUUCUAAUAACAAAAUUGAUUUAGUUCUACGUUUCUGAUUAUUACGGUUUUCUCUGCCAGUGGUGUUCAGUCAGAUGGUAUAAUUUCAAAGUUAUACUGAACAACAUAAAGCCCACAUAUAGCUAUAUGUAGAUCCUUAUUACACUUAGUAAAAGUAGUUAGAAUGUUGUUUUCUUACUUUUAUAAAAAAGUGAAAUGUAAUUGGCUUUGUGAAGAUGUGUAGCAAACUUGACCAGCAGUAUAAAAUGCAUUGUGUGCUUUUAGGGAGAUCAAUGUCCAUUGUAAGCUGAAGGAAAGCAAUGGAUUCAGAGGUUUGUUUUGAAGUGUUUGAUUUUAAAUUGUCUUUCUUGAAAUACUACCGUGUCACCCCCGAUAGCUCAUCAGCUGCAAAUUACAAUGUAUAAGCCUUGAUGUUUGUCAUAUAAUGGCAAGGUCAUUUUGAUUAUUUGACUCUUUGUAAUUUUGCGGUUAGUGGCAGCCCACUGAACAUUGUGGUAUAGGGAUGCAUAUACUGAUACUUGCAUGUACAGUUUGUCUAUUAAUGGAAUCCUCUGAUGGGUCAACCAACACACAAGUUACAGUUGAAUUAGAAAAUAUACAGAUUGGCACAACAGGAGCUAGGAAUUCUCUAAAUAUGAUGGUCCAUUUUUAUUUGAAAGAUAUGGCUUAACAUUUACCAAUUUAGCACAAUUAAACUUUGGUGAAAUUCUGAGAUUAUUCCCUCUAUACAGGCUCCUCUAUUGCCUUUAAUUUGAAAGUGAUAUUUUACAACUGAUACUUUUAUUUAUUUCUCUCUUGUCCAAUGCAAGUAUAGGUAUUUUUUUAUUUUUGUAUAGUUAAUCAACUUGCAGGAAUGAUGGAUAACUCUGGAGCUUUUAUUUAAAGCUCUCAGCAAUCAGCCAAGUUUCAGUUAUUUUUGUAUUUGCAUUAAACCUUCAAGAAAAAUAGCAACAUAAGAUAUUAACCUUAGUGUUAAAGGAAUUGAACUAACCGUCAGAUUAUAAUGUUUGUAUUGAUAGAUUUAAAUAAGUAAAUAUUUUGUGCCAACACCCAGCAAGGAUACACACCUCCAGCACACACACAUACACACGCACACUGUGACAGAAAGAACAAAGAAAUCACUUUGAGCUUGUAGGUGACGUGGUCUGGAAAUAUGCCCUUGAGAGGGAAGAAAAUAGCUAAUGCUAGUUUUCACCUCGGUUUUAAAUCAUAAAAAAUGCAUGUAAGCAUUUUGUUUCAUCUCUUUUAGGCUGUAAGUAGGAUUGCUCAUAGUUAUUAUUUAUGACAUGUGCUUUUCAAUAAUGAAAGCAGUCAAAGUGGAAACCAACUGAGAAAAUGCUUGCUUCCACUAAAAAAUAAUCAUUAUAUACCUGUGUAUAUCAUUGUCUGUCUAUUCAUCAGAUACACAUAGAAUGCAUGUUAAUCUAGAAAAUUAAUUAGAAAGUUUUAAAAUAACUUAAUAACUCAAAAACCCUUUGACUUUUAUAGACUAAAAUUGAAUAAUGCCACAAAAACAUAUUCAAUAAUUAUUAAGGGGUUUACAUAUAGAACAAAUUCUUAGAGACAUUAAACCUAUUUUAAGAAAAUGUAUUUACGAACAUUUCCUUUCAUGAAAUACAUUAUAUCCAUAUGAAAUAAAUAAUCUUGGAAUUAAAGACUUAAUGCUGUUUUAUUAUGAAAUUGCUGCUUCAUAAAUACAGUUUGAUUUCAUACAAGAUUUUUUUUAUUUGUGAAUUUGACUGUGUUCAUUUUUUGUUUCCAUUAUUUUUAUCACUAAUUUUGGGCUUACCAUCAGUGCAUAAAUGAAACUUAUUUGGUGUGAACUCCUUUAGCAGUGAAGUGUACUUGAACCUGCUUUUUGUUUACUUGAAAGAAACCUGGUUGUGGAGGUAUAUUUUCAAACACAAAUUUAAAACACAGAUGUAGUUAAAGUUCAACUACUAUGUAUUUUAGGUAUAUUCAAGAGUUUUUCUAGUGUGCAUAAUAUUAGUCUUGUUUUUUUCACAUCUGUUCAUUAUUAACAAGAUCGUAUAUUCUUACUGCAUUACAGUCACCCAGGAAUUGUUUGUGAAACAAAACAUUCAUUUUUAUAAAAAUAUAUUUUAUUUCACAAAA